GAGCCAGAGGGAGCGAUACAGAGAGAGAGAGAGUGAGGAAGAGAGAGCAAAAGGGAGGGGAGUUUAAACUAAGUGCUAUGUUUUGGGACAGGCUAAUCUGCUAGCGAGCAGUGUGAGGAUCGGAGCGUAUUGUGCGAGCCAGUGUGCGGGGGACAGAUAAGGGAGCAGCCAGCCCGACCCACCGACCGCCUGACUGCUUGUUUUAAUGUGCUGACUCUGGGGAGAUUUUAAAAGACAGCACGUUGACUCCUCAGACGUGUGCGGAGACCCUGGGCACAAACGCCACCACUACAUCCACGGCCAGCAGAAGUGCAUCAGCAGACAAGGGGGGAGAGAGAGAGAGAGAGAGAGAGAGGGAGAGAGAGAGAGAGCGACAGAAAAGAGAAAUAGAGGACUGAAAAAUCACAUCUCCAAAAUCAGAAAAUUAAAGAGGAUUUUUUUAUCCCCCUCUUUUUUUUCAAUUGAUUUGAUUUUUUUUCUUUCUUUCUUUCUUUUUUUUUUGUGUUUCCCGGGACUGACUCCCCGAGCGUAGAAAGAAAAAGAAAAACAGCAAAGAACUGAGGAGAACCUGAAGAUAAAACGGACAGAACGAAACAAUCACCGCAUCUGAACAUGUUCGAAAUAAGCCGAACACUCAACGCUGCCUUGUUGAGCAAUGAGGGGUCGACAGAGACACAGUGGCGUCAGGCAGAGCUCCCACAGCUCCAGGGCUGGGCAGAGAAGGGAUUGCUGACACAGCCAAAGAUGAUCAUCAGUAACAUGGAAGCUCCAGUGACAAAUGGCCCCAGUGGGGGAGGCACCACAGCCAAUGGGCCGACAACCAACAGCCGUGGCUGCCCCUCACCCAUGCAGACUGGUCCAACAAAUGAUGACAGCAAGACAAACCUCAUUGUCAACUACCUGCCCCAGAACAUGACCCAGGAGGAGUUCCGCAGCCUGUUCGGUAGCAUCGGCGAGAUUGAGUCCUGCAAGCUGGUUCGCGAUAAGAUCACAGGACAGAGUCUGGGCUACGGUUUUGUCAACUAUAUCGAUCCAAAGGAUGCAGAGAAAGCCAUCAACACGUUAAAUGGACUCAGACUUCAGACCAAAACAAUCAAGGUGUCAUAUGCACGACCCAGCUCAGCCUCCAUCCGUGACGCUAACCUGUACGUGAGCGGCCUGCCCAAGACUAUGACCCAGAAGGAGCUGGAGCAACUCUUCUCCCAGUAUGGACGCAUCAUCACCUCCCGUAUCCUCGUCGACCAGGUCACAGGCCCCGCAGGUGGCUCCCGAGGUGUGGGCUUCAUUCGCUUUGAUAAGAGGAUAGAGGCUGAGGAGGCCAUCAAGGGCCUGAAUGGCCAGAAGCCAUCAGGUGCCGCUGAGCCCAUCACGGUCAAGUUCGCCAACAACCCCAGCCAGAAGACCAGCCAAGCCCUUCUGUCGCAACUCUACCAGUCCCCCAAUCGCCGAUACCCCGGCCCCCUUCAUCACCAGGCUCAGAGGUUCAGAUUUGGCGCUCCACAGCAGGCAGAACCCCUUUCCACAUGUCAAAAAAGGCUGGACAAUUUGCUUAAUAUGGCCUAUGGCGUAAAGAGGUUUUCUCCCAUCACCAUUGACAGCAUGACCAGCCUGGUUGGCAUGAACAUCCCUGGGCACACGGGCACCGGUUGGUGCAUCUUCGUGUACAACCUGUCCCCAGAUUCAGACGAGAGCGUGCUCUGGCAGCUGUUUGGGCCCUUCGGCGCAGUCAACAAUGUCAAGGUGAUCCGUGACUUCAACACCAACAAGUGCAAAGGCUUCGGCUUCGUCACCAUGACGAAUUACGACGAGGCAGCCAUGGCCAUCGCCAGUCUCAACGGCUACAGGUUGGGUGAUCGUGUCUUGCAAGUCUCCUUCAAGACUAACAAGACACACAAGUCCUGAACUUUAACAGAUAGAAGCAGUUGCCCCGCGACUUUAUCUGCUCCAAAAUUGCCCCCCAAAACCCACCCUCCCUAUCCCCUACCUCCACCCGUCCCUUAGCCCCUUCAGUCACUACCACUACCACCCUACUACAGCCAUCCAACACAGCAAACUCCAACCGGAACACAAAGCAACCGACAAACCAUCAAACAAAUUGAACUAGAAAUGGCUUAUAUUAUAACUUUGGACCUAUAAGCCAAUGUUGCCUAAGUAUUACAAAAAUGAAAUGAUGAAAAUGUUCACGAGUUUUUGGAAGCUCCUGUGAUAAUGCAGGCUUCACUUUGUUGUAUAUCCUUUCUGUUUGUUGUGGUUGUUCAAAUGAUUUCUCUCUUCUGUGUAAACAGUAGCAAAUCCCUGUAUCCCCUUAUUUCAGAGAGGAGAAUGUCCUUUUUAGAUCGGAACCUUUUCUCUGUCUUGAUUCAGGAUUUGUUUUUCUUUUGUAAAUCCGGAUCCACUGUCGUUAGUAUUAUAUACCUCCCUGUCAGUGAAAGGGAGGGGGCUCUUUUUUAAAUUGGUGAACCAUUCAUUCAUUUUUAGUGUGUAUUAAAAACUUCCCCUUAUCAAUUAUAGAUGGGAUUCCACGAUCCCAGUAACUCUGGUGUAGAAAAGAAAUGAAUUUCUAACAUUGUUUUUGUUUUGUAUCGCAAACAAAACAUAAUGUCUUUCCUCACUGGGGUUCAGGGUGUUGGGGCGAGGGAGGGGAUGGGUUAGCUUUCCUGAUGACACGUUCAGUAAUUUAAGAAAAAAAAAAUAACACUGUUGCCAAAGAGAAGAUCUCUUUGCUUGAAAAAAAAAAAUGCAUUUAGAAAAGAUAAAAUAAAUAGAAAGAAGAUCUAUUUUUAUAAAUGAUGAUUAAAAUAAUAAUUAUUGAAGAAUUUUUACAAGAAUCUGGAUUUGAAAAAAAAAAAAGAGAAAAAUAUUUUGACUGGCUAACUGGGGGGGCCGGGGCGGGUGGGAGGGGGCACCACCUUGUCUUGUCGUUCUGCCGUGGUACUUUAUAGGAUCAGAGGCUGUUUGUGUUUUUGGGGAAUCCAAGUCGGUAGUGAUUUUGUAGACGGAAGGUUUUGUGAAAAGGGAUGCAAACUGAGGCAGGUGAUUUUGGUAAUUUUUCACAUGUGUACUAGUGCGUAAUUAUUCAACAGCGAUACCCAAAAGGGAAGGGAGAUGGGUCUUUCCAAGGCCUAACCAUCCUUAUAGUCCAGAGCCCAAAGCAAGAAGACCCUUAGUCCACUUGUUUUCUUGUUUUUGUCAUCAGUCAAUAUGGGAUAUCAGUAAAUAGAUAUAUUCACAUCUAUCCAUUUAGAGAGCAUACUAUACAUUAUAUCAUUUUCUUCGCUCUGCGUUUGUGAACUUACAUUUGAAAAGAACUUCCUUUUAGCGAUCAGCAGUAGGUGCUAUACUACAUUAUUCACAUAUCUUAAAUAUCCAAGUUUGUUGUUCUAUGUGUUGUUUAAAGAAAAAAAAGUACUUCGAUGUUGGCAUUGAAUUGAGCUGCUGUUCUUUGUUUAAUAUUUGUUUAAUGUCGGCCCACAAGUCUGGUGAGACUAUUUCUUUGCUGAAUAACCGGAUUUAGCGACUUCGGGCCUUGUAAGAAUCACUGAACAAAUUUUUAUUUUGUACUUUUUUGUUUGGCUUGCUGACUUUUAGGUUACUUGCUGAGCGUGAAACGUUUGUCAAAACUUAAUGAUGAUUAGCUAGUUCCGUUAGUCUAGAUAUUUGUUUCCUUAAAAAGGAUCUAUGACAACUGUGUCUUUAUUUGCUGUGUACAAAUAGAUGAUAUAUAUAAAUAUAUAUAUAGUCUACAUUUGUUUUACAAUAUCUACUGUACUAUCUGAGUUGUCACUGUUCUUUUGUUUGAGCUUGUCUUUUUCAUAUGACAAUUUAUUAUGAAGUGGUGGUUCAGUUACUUAGAAAAACUUGUGAGGAAACUGUUCAAUUGUUGUCAUGUUGCUUGUGGAGAAAAAAAAUUGGAUUAAUUUUCAGUUACCUGCCGCGGCAAAAGAAACCGAACAAAAGCUUAGAAUAUAACUGUAUUUGUUUAACAGUUUGUUUACUUCUCUAUUUUUUAAACUAUUUAUUUUUCUAUUUAUUUGUAUUUAUUAUGUAUUUAUUAAUUGAUUAAUUUAUCUGUGUAUUUAUGUAUUUAUUUGUUUCAUUGUCUGUGUAUUUGCGUGAUUCUGGUACAGGGAGGGGGACGUUUCUGAGCAAAAGGGAACAAAGCGACUAGUGGAGAGGCUCUUCCAGUAGUCCACUGCACUGAGAGAACUUUUAGUACGUUUGUGCUUUGUACCAAUAUAUCAAAAUUACAAUAUAAAAAAAUCUAAAAGUCAAGAAAACUGAAAAAAAUGUCUGGAGGGUUGGGGGACGCUCUUCCCUUAUUACUAGAAACAGUUACUCGCUAUGCAUAACCUAGUUAAUAGUUAAAUUUGCUAUUGCUUUUUUCUUGUCUUGUUAAAAUGAAAUCUUUAGAUCUUUUUCAAUAAAGUUUAGUCUUAAUAGAAUGUUAUAAACAGUCGUUCUGGUUCAAUAUAACCUGUGAUAAGUUUGUGUAGUUCUAAAAAGCCACUCCGUCCACACCCUCCCUCCACUUACUACCGCUUUGUGAUGAAACCUUAUGCAAAAAUGUGGGUCUGAAAGCAUAGUUUUCAGUUUUCAGUAAGCAUUUUAUAUAACAUUCAGCUCUUGGAGGCUUGGGCAGAUCAAUUUUGAAAUUGUUGUUUGAGGGUCAUUCAUUGCACUGGACUAAAUCGGUCAAAGUCACUAAAGAGUCAAAACUUAUUUUUAAGAAUAUUCAUGUUUUCAAAUGACAUACCAACAAAUCUUUAAAAUGAAAAAAAAAAGAGAAAUUGUUACCAUUGCACACCAACUGUUAUUUACAGCAGUUGUUGCUAUACUUAAAGAAGUACUCUGGAGGUAUAAAAAGGGAUUGUACCGAUUCUAUAUUUUAUAUACUCUAAUAUGAUAUAUAUUAUAUAUUUUGAAAGGUGAAAGGUAAGGGAAUGGUUCCAGAAGUAUAAAUAUAAGAAAUUGGAUUUUUUUUGUUUGUUGUUAAGACUUGAAAACAUGAAGGAGGUGUGUUGAGAGCAUUUGAAACACUCAGACGCAUGCUCGCAUAUAGUACAUCCUUCUCUCUCACACCUCACUCAUCUGACAAGCCGGGUCAUCUAACAUAAUUACCAUUAUCCAACCACCAUCUGCAACAUCCGAUCACAUAGUGUUCUACCUUCAUGACAAACCAACAAACCAACCAACCAGACCCCUUCAUGCUCCCCGCUGCCGUCGGGAGCUUGAAUUAUGCAACGACCCCAGUAGAAUGUUCUGACGUGUGAACUAAUUUCCUACACUGUAUGACUUUUGAACUCUUACGAUGCGUGCCUGUGUUACGCCUAGACCAUGUGUGCAGGUGUGUGUGUGUGGUGUGUGUGUGCGCGCGCAUGUGUGCAUGUUUGUAUGCAUGUUCCUUUAAGUAACUGUGUGCGUGUUGUGUCCACAUAUAUUUGUUAGCGUGGAGUACAUCCAUGUGUGUAUGUACAGUAUAUACAUAUGUUUAGUGUUUGUGCAUUUGAGUCCGUUUUAGUGCACAUGUAUACAGAUGUAUAUGUGUGUGUCCCCCUGAGUGCAUGUGCGCGCGCGUGUGACAGAGUUGACACAGGCGAUUGUUGGAAGAGUGUGCGUGCAUUUGUGUGUGUGUGUGUGUGCGUGUGAAUGUGUGUGCAUGUCAGGGUGUUUGAAACAUGGGGCUGCGUCACCUCGCUCUAUGCCCAACCCCUAUGGCUCACACCACCCCCUGUAGCGCCUUAUAGUGGCAGCCUGCCAGUAGGAACAACGCAGCCAGUAGUGGAGGAGGGAAGGUGAACAGAGGAACUAGGCUCUUCUUGUCAGUUUUCAUUUUCCUCCUGAGACGUGUUUGUUUACUAUCUGAAAAAUCUAUAAACGAAAUCUUUAAAGACAAAAAAGACGAAAAAAUGUUCACAGGGCCCCAUGACCGCGGCUCUCUCUACUCUCUCCUGCUUAUGUUAUUACUUACCAAUUAUCAAUGAUGAUUAUUAUGAUUAUUAUUGCUAUUAUUCUUAGUAUUCUUAUUCUUAUUAUUAAUCCAAUUACUGCGAUGAAUGACUUCAUGUUAUCCUUGCUAGUUUAGGUCAUUUCUGAAACUGGAAACAAAAUAAAAAUCUUGCUGUAAAUGUUUGUUUUUUCUUUUUCAUAAAACUGUUGUGUUUGAAUUAUUUGUACUUUUGAAUGUUGGGACAAUAAAAUGAGGUGUUAAGAGCU